UAUUUCUCUUUAGUUAGAAUUAACCAGUUUGGAUUGCCCAGGAAAUUUCUGUCAACUGAAAAUUUUACUUCUACAUCAUACAAGUCACCAUCUUUUCUUUUAUGCCCAUAUUGUGAAUAUUCCACUAUCCAUAGAACUAAUUUGAAUAACCAUAUAAGGAAGCACACUGGGGAAAAACCAUUUGUAUGUCCAACUUGUGGCAAAGGCUGUACUACCAAACAAAAUCUGAAAAAUCAUGAAAGACACCGCUUUGAAUUCUCAGCUGCUACUGAUGAACGUAAUAUAAGAAAUUCAAAAGAAUACAGGACAUUAAAAAUGUAUCAUUGUAGUCAGUGCAAAUAUGUGACACACCAUAAGGGCAAUUUUGUUAAACAUCAACGUAUACAUACAGGUGAAAGACCUUUUGUUUGUUCUAUUUGUGGUUUUGAUAUCUCAACUGCUACUUAUGAACAUAAUAUUGAUAGAAAACUUAUAAGAGAACCUAAAACAUUUAAAACCUAUAAUUGUACCAUGUGUAAAUAUGUGACAUAUCAUAAAGGCAAUUUUACUACACAUAUGAGAAUCCAUACUGGUGAAAAGCCUUUUAUUUGUUCAAUUUGUGGUACCAGCAUUCCAUAUAAAUCGGUUAUAACAUCACCAGCUCAUCACCUUUCUGUUACUCCGCAUUCUUGCUCAUAUUGUAUCGUUAGGCUGAAUGAAAUUGUUAAAGCUUCACCAAUUGAGCAAAAAGUUUCCAGAAGACUAAGUUUAGCAAGACACUCAUGUCCAUGUUGUGAAUAUGAAUCAUUUAAUCGAAGUGAUGUUGUGAAGCAUCUAAGAAAGCACACUGGAGAGAAACCUUUCACAUGUCAAAUUUGUGGGAAGGGUUUCACUCAGAAGCAUAAUCUAAAAAUGCAUGAACGAUCACAUGCAUCACAGAAAUUCUGUAAUUUCAAGAUUGUGCAGCAUUCGUCUAGAAAUUUCAGAAAAAGAAAUAUAGAAACUGUAUGCUCCAUUACAUUCCACAGCUGCAACUUCUGCUCAUAUGCUACAUAUAACAAAAGUGAUUUAACUAAACAUAUUAGAAUACACACUGGAGAACGACCUUUCAAAUGUGGUACCUGUGGUAAAGCUUUUUUGCAGAAACAACAUCUUCAGACUCAUGAAAAAACGCAUUUGAAAGUUGUAUUUGUGAAUUGA